AUGUUACUAUUUUUUUAUUUAUUGAUAGAACACAUAAUUGCUUAGAUCGGAUCACUUGAAUUAUUUCCUACAAUUAAUACAAUACAAGCAUCAACCACAUAUGAAUUGAAAUUUUUAUUGCAAUAACAAAUGCCAACAAAUUCAAUAAUUACUAUUGAUUUCACAAAUACAAAUAUUAUUGUGGCUGAUGGUACCUUAACAAAAUGUACAGGAUCGAUUUAUUUUACAUCAGUUAGUACUGAUUAUACAUGUAUAAUUUAUAAGUAUAGAAAGAAUGUACAUGUUCUUCCAAAAAAUGCACAAUUAAAAUAUCUUAAAGCGUGGCUUCAUCAUCAUUAUACUUAUUGAAAUUUGGUGAAUUAACAAAUCCAAGUUUUGUAAAACCAUAGUAAGUACAAUUAAUAAUAGAUUUAUUGAAUAAUUAGUAAACACAACAAUAUACAGUUGAUGUAUAUUAAGCAGGAGAUCUAUCAUUAAAAACACUAACUUAAUCAUCAUUUAAAGUAAAUGAUUUGAAUAACAUUAAAUUGACUGUUCAAAGUUAACAUAGUAUUGAAUAACAUGGAUAAUUAAUAAUAACUUUCCCCUCAUAAAUAUAAUUUAGUAGAUUAUCAGUCAAUGUUGAAGUGAAUUCAAAUAAUCAGACUGGUAUAGUUGCAAUAUCAGGACAAUCAGUCACAGUAACAAAUAUUUUUACGUCAUAAGUUGAUGCCACAGCAUAAUUUAUUAUUUAGUAUUUAUAUAUUCUAUUUGAAUAGUUUAUUAAAUGUUUAAAAUUAAGAAUCAGUUAGAAAUAGUAAUCAAAUAAUGAUUUAGACUGCAACUCAAUUUUCAUUUUUGAUAGAUUCAUUAGGAUUUUAAAUAUCAACUUAAACACCUGAAAAUAUUUUAAUUACAUUUUUAAAUACUCAAAAUACAUAGAUAGUGAAUCAAAUUGCAACAUUUUAGUUCACUUUAUAACCAGUUCUUAAAUUUACAAAUGGAGGAUAUUUGGAAAUUAAAUUUCCAUCAGAACUUACAAUUUAAUCAAAUAUGAGUUGUUAAAGGAUUAUAGGUUUAACUACUGUAAGUGGUACAACUUAUUAAUGUACAUAUACAGGUUAAUAUGUAAGAACCUAAAACUUAUAAUAUCCUAAUUCUGCUAAUUCUAUGAUACUAACAGUAAGUAACAUUAAAAAUCCAUCUUCUACGAAACCAACUUCAUCUUUUGAAUUUCGAACAUAUGAUUCAGAUGGAUAUCUAAUGUGUGUUUCUAAUUCUGAAGCUAAAUUCACUGCAAUUAAUGAUAUAUUAAUUGCUAAAGUCACAAGAAGCAUUACAACAGUUGCAAUAUAAUCUUAAUAUAAUGUUUUAAUUAAUAAUACUAAUCCUGUUCCAAGGAAUGGCUUUUUGAAUAUAAUUCUAGGAACAUAAGCUAUUAAAUAAACAAUUUAAUCAUUGAAAUGUUUAGAUUAAUCAAAUGUUUAGAUUAAUUGUUAAUUUGUGACUGAUACUAAAAUAUCAAUACAAUUAACUUCAAAUCUAGCUGCAUACACAAUUACAACCGUAAUUUUAUAAUAUUUAAACAAUCCCAAUUUUGUUAUUACUACAACAUCAGAUUUUGAAGUUGAGACUUAAGAUGAUACUAAUUAUCUAAUUGAUUAAUUAAAGAAUGUUGAAAUUACACCAUUGCUUACUCCAAAUUCAAUUUUAUCUAUUGUUUAUUAUAGAAACAAUGAUAAAUUAAAUGAAUAAUCUAUUUUAGAUAUUGGAUCUAUUACAUAAAUAUAUCUAUAAUUUUAAAUUACAUCUUCAUACAUUAUCGAAAAUGAUGGAAAUGCUAUUAUUGAUUUAAAUGGUUAUUAUUAUUUAAAUCCUGAUGAAACUAUUACAUGUACAUAAAUUAUUGAAACCAAUUCUUACCCCAAGAAUUGUGAAAUAUUAUCUUAUGUUUAAUAAAUUGAUCCAAAAAUUAAUUAUAUUUCUAAAAUAAAGAUUCCAAAUAUUGUAUAUAAUGGAAAUAAUAUUAUUGAAAUUAUCUUAGCUGGAAUGAGAUCUGAAUUAAACUCAGGAUAGUUUACUCAUCAAAUUACUGUUUAAAUUUAUACUUUAAGCAAUUAAUUAGUUUCAUCAGGUCAUAAUGAAUUGGGAAAUACUUAAAUCAUUAAUAAAGUUGUUUAAUUGACUUAACUAAAUAUUUAAUCUGAUUCUCAAAUUACUGGAAAAUUGACAUAAUAUACUAUUAAACAUAAACUUAAAUAUCCUCUAGAUAUUAAAAAAAGAAAUUCUUUUCUUGAAUUGAUAUUGCCAAAUGAUAUUGGAAUUGAUAAUUUGAGUAGUUGUUUAGUAACAAUAAAUACAAAUACUUUAGAAUGUGUUAUUAACUCAAAUAAAAUUUCCAUUUUUUCUGAAAUUAAUCCUUAUUAAUUAGACUAAGAUUUAACAAUCACAUUGAAUUAAAUCAGAAAUCCUUAUUCAACUGCAAUUACGAGUAAUUUUUUAUUAUAAUAUUAUUAUAAUAAUGUAGUAUCAAUUUAAAGUAUAUAAAGCUAUUCAGUCAAUUAACCAAAUGAAUUAAAAGUUGAAAUUGAAAGAUCUGUUAAAAAAAUUAAUUAGGAUUCUUAGUUUAUAAUUACGAUUACUUUAAUAAAUUAAGUUAAAAAUUUAAUUUAUUUAAUAAAAAUACCUACAGAUUAAUAUGUUGCUGAUUCAAUUACAAUUUAAUAAGGUGAUAAAAUUUUAGCUGCUUAAUAAGACUAAUCAGAAAAUGGUUAUCUAAGUAUUAAAUUCAAGGAAGAUUAAUGUCCUUGUUAAAGUAAUUAAUAAUUGAGCUUUAAGAUUACUGGAUUUCACAAUCCUCUUUAGUCUUCAAAUAGUAUUGCUAAAUUAUAUCUUUUGGAUGAAUUAAAUAAUAUUUAUGAAGAAAAUUAAUCUAUAUCAUUUCCUACAGUAGAAUCAGGUAAGAUUACUAUUAAUUCAAUUUCAUAAAGUGCUCAACAAUUAAACUAAUAAAAUGUAAUUACUAUAAGUUUUACAAAUGAUACACCUUAUUCUAAUUCUAUUCUUAUUAUUGAAUUCAACCCAGAACAUCUACCUUUCAUAUCGAAUAAUAAUAUUAUUAUUACUUUGAAUAAUAAUUAGAUAUCAUGCACCAUUGAUUAAUCAAAAUAUCAACUAAUAUGUUAGAAUUAAGAUUUAAAAGCAACUAAUACAAUUAAAUUAUCUAAUAUAAAUUCAAUAAAAUGGCUUAAAGCAAAUAAUUAAUGUUAAAUAUCCAUAUCAUCAUAUGCUGGAAAUUAAUUACUUGAUUCAAUAGCAUAGGUUAAUUGUAAUUCAUUAUUAAUGUUUCCAAUAUCAAAUUUUGAAUCAAGUAUUACAAGAUCAGUUAGAAUCUUAAAUUAAAACACAGAUUUAAAUAUUUAAUUUAAUCAAGAAAUUUCUAAAUUUGUAACAAUAAAAUUGCCUCUAGUUGAAAUUGUAAAUGAUCCAUCAUUCCAUUAUAAUGAGAAAUCUAUAUAAAACUCACAAGUUAAAACUGAUUCUAAGUUUUUAAUUUUAUCAUUAUAAUUUGAUAACUCAAACAUGAAUAGCUAGAUUAAUUUUAAUUUAUUAGGCUUAUAGAAUGCAAAUAUAGUCCCCUAAUCAUAAAUUUAAUAUAUCAUUGAAUUAUCAACAGAUGGUCAAACUGUAAGUUAUUAGAGCACUAAAUUUCUCACUCCAGAAUUGAUGUGCUAAGGUUCCUAAUGUUCAAAUUAAUAAUUAAUUAUUUAAUAAUUCACUAAGGGUUCCACAUUAAUAUCUACUUCAACUGAUGUUAAUAUUAAUAUACAAUUACCUUCAGAAUUAAAAUAUUUAACAAUUUUAGAAUUAGAAAUGACAUAAACAACAAUUACAGGAUCCUCACUAUGUUAUUUAAAUAAUACUCUUGUUAAUUGCUAAAAAUUAUUAAGGGAUUAAUGUACAUUAUGUGAUUAGACAUAGAUUUAAUUAAUUCUUAAAAAUGUACUUAAUGCUGAUCAAUUUAAUUAAUUAGAAAAAAUAUGCGUAAAUAUAUAAACAGAAUAUGAAUAAAUAUCAACAUGUACAAGUUUUUAAUUAGAAUAUUAGUAUUUAUUAGAUGUAAAAAAUAUUAAUUGGAGUUAAAAUUCAUUUUACAGUAAAGAUGCUAUAUUAGAAUUCGAUGUUUCAUUCUCUUCCCCUUUGAAUAAUAAAUAUUAGAAUUAAUUAUAAUUUACAAAUAUAAAUAAUUAAGUGGAUUUCAAUAAUUGUAAGAUUAAAUUUAAUAAUAAUGAAAUUAAUAGUAAGUAUGAAAAUAAUUAAUUAACAUUUAAUAUAUGUGAAUAGGGUUGUGAAAAAAAUAAUGUUUAUCAAAUUUAAAUAUCAUAAAUUUAAUUUAAAGAAUAUGUAUAUUCAAAAAACGAUUAAAUAGUUUUUAAAUUACUUAGAGGAUCUUAAAAUUUGGAGCAAUCAAGUAAUUUGUAACUUUAUCCUUCUUCACUUAAUAUCAAUACAAUGACUGUAAGUGCUUCAGCUUAAGACUAUGUAAAAUUAAACUAUGAAUUAUCAACUAUUGUACCAUAUGCAAGUUAAUCAAUCAUUAGAUUUAAGUUUUUUAAUAAUAACUGUGUUUCAUAAGGUAAAAUAGAUAUCAUUCAUUAUUCUACAUGUUCUUUAAAAAACAAUGAAAUUGUUUAAGUAUCUCUUAUAUAUAAUAAUCAAAUAACCCAUCAAAGUAAUGAAAAAAUAAUGUUAAGUGUGACAAAUGAAAAUUGUCCUAGUCCAUAUUUAACAUAUCAAGACAAUUGUUUAUUAAAAUGUCCAAAUAUAACUUAUUAAGAAGAUAAUAAUUGUUUUCAAUGUCCUUAAGAAAACUGUUAAAUGUGCAAUAAAUCAGAAUGUUUGUAAUGUAAAACAAAUUAUGAAUUGAAGAAUAAUAAUAAUUGUUAAUAAAUAUGCUAUAUAGACAAUUGUUAGCAGUGUUAAUUUUUCUCUGAUUAAACUCAAGAUUGUGUUUAAUGUAUAGCACCAUUUGAAUUAUAUCAAAAAUAAUGUAGACUUUAAAAUGACUGUUAAGUUGAAAAUUGUGCAGUCUGCUAAAUUAAAAAUUAACAACUAAAUUGUGUUUAAUGUAACCCAGAAAAAUAUAAAUAUAAAACAAAUUGUUUAGAUUCAUGUCCAUCUGGAUAUUAUAAUAAUGAAAAUUAAGAAUGCAUAAUUUGUUCAUUAGGAUGUAGUUCAUGUAAUUCAUAAGGAUGUUUAGAAUGUUAAAAACAAUAUAAUUUAAUAAAUGAUUAAUGUCUAUGUAAAAUUGAAGGAUGUUCAAUUUGCAAUUCUACAGAUAUAUGUGAUAAAUGUAAAGAAGAUUUUGGUAUUUCAUUUAUGAAUUAAUGUAUUAAGAAUUGUCCUUAAGAUUAUUAUGAGAAAGAUAAAAAAUGCUUAAAAUGUAAUUCUGAAUGCAAAACUUGUGAUAUUAAUGGAUGUCUUUCUUGCUAAUAAAAUUAUUAUCUAUCUGGUACUAUGUGCGUACUUAAAUAAUGUAUUAAUAAUUGUGUAAAAUGUGAUAAUAAUUCAACCUGUAAUGAAUGUUCUCCUGGAUUUUAUAUUGAUUCUAAUCUGAAUUGCAUUCAAAUUCAAAAUGCACCUUAUAUUGGUGUGGCUUCAACUGCAUUAUUGGUAUUAGUGGGUCUUUUAAUUUGUUAUUAAGUAACAUCUUUAGUUUUACCUCCUAAAUUACCAAUUAUACCAUAAAUUAUUCUUACAUCUAUACUGACAUUUUCUUUUUUAUAAACAAUAAGCAAUGGUGUUUUAUUAUUGUAUGCUUAUAUUAACUAAGUUUAAAUAGAAUUUAUAUUAGCUUCAAUUCUUUUCAGCAUUAAUAAUAUAUAUUACUCUUAAACUUAUAACAGUAUGAAUAAUCCUUUUUUAUCAUUUAUCACAUCAGGUACUUGGGGUAGACUUCCAUUAAUUAAAUUAAAAUUCUUAAGUAAACAAAAUCCCUAAUAAUAUACAAAUUAUUCACUUAUCAGAUAAAUAGAUAAAUAUAGUCACAUUAUUACAAAUUUUAUCUCAAUUAUUAUUGAUGUUAUCUUAAUUUCAUUAUAGAAUUCUAGUGAAAUCCCAUAUAUUUCAUGCAUCAAAUUGUUUAUAGAUUUCAUUUUAUUAACCAGUUUUACACUAGAACAGAGAUUAAUCUGA